GGCGGGGCGGCGCGGCACGGCACGCGCACUACCAGCCGCCCGGCCCUGCUGCUGCAACGCCGGUGGCGCAGCCAAGAGAGCAGCUGCGGCCGCGACUCCUUAAAUAGCAUCGCAACCCGGCGCCGGGCAGUUCGUGAAUUGCAGUGACAGCCGCCUGUGGAGCAGCCCGGGCAGCAGAGGAGAGUUCUGCUUAGAGAACCACCAACACAGAACCAUGGAAGUCCAUGAAUUGUUCCGGUAUUUUCGAAUGCCAGAGCUGAUUGACAUUCGGCAGUACGUUCGGACCUUGCCAACCAACACCCUCAUGGGGUUCGGAGCCUUUGCAGCACUCACCACCUUCUGGUAUGCCACCAGGCCCAAGGCCCUGAAGCCACCGUGCGACCUCUCCAUGCAGUCAGUGGAAGUAGCGGGUACUACUGAUGGCGUUCGGAGGUCAGCUGUCCUCGAGGACGACAAGCUCUUGGUGUACUACUAUGACGAUGUCAGGACGAUGUACGAUGGCUUCCAGAGGGGGAUUCAGGUGUCAAACAAUGGCCCUUGCUUAGGUUCUAGAAAGCCAAACCAGCCCUAUGAGUGGAUUUCCUACAAAGAGGUUGCAGAACUGGCAGAGUGCAUAGGAUCGGCGCUGAUCCAGAAGGGUUUCAAGGCCAGCUCAGAGCAGUUCAUCGGCAUCUUUUCUCAAAACAGACCUGAGUGGGUGAUCAUCGAGCAGGGAUGCUUCUCCUACUCGAUGGUGGUUGUUCCGCUCUAUGACACCCUUGGAACCGACGCCAUCACCUACAUAGUGAACAAAGCUGAACUCUCUGUGAUUUUUGCUGACAAGCCAGAAAAAGCCAAACUCUUGUUAGAAGGUGUAGAAAAUAAGUUAACACCAUGCCUUAAAAUCAUAGUCAUCAUGGACUCCUUCGGCAGUGAUCUGGUAGAGCGAGGCAAGAAGUGUGGGGUGGAAAUCAUCAGCCUAAAAUCUCUGGAGGACCUUGGAAGAGUUAACAGAACGAAGCCCAAGCCUCCAGAACCUGAAGAUCUUGCGAUAAUUUGUUUCACAAGUGGAACCACAGGCAACCCCAAAGGAGCAAUGAUCACUCACCAAAACAUUAUGAACGAUUGCUCAGGUUUUAUGAAAUCGACAGAGAGUGCAUUCAUCGCUUCCCCAGAUGAUGUGCUGAUAUCUUUCUUGCCUCUCGCCCAUAUGUUUGAGACCGUUGUAGAGUGUGUAAUGCUGUGUCAUGGCGCUAAGAUAGGAUUUUUCCAAGGAGAUAUCAGGAUGCUUAUGGAUGACCUCAAGGUGCUGCAGCCCACCAUCUUCCCUGUGGUUCCCAGGCUGCUGAACCGGAUGUUUGACAGAAUUUUUGGACAAGCAAACACUUCCGUGAAGCGAUGGCUGUUGGACUUUGCCUCCAAAAGGAAAGAGGCGGAGCUUCGCAGUGGCAUCGUCAGAAACAACAGCCUGUGGGAUAAACUCAUCUUUCACAAGAUACAGUCGAGCCUGGGUGGGAAAGUCCGGCUGAUGAUCACAGGAGCAGCUCCGGUGUCUGCCACAGUGCUGACGUUUCUGAGGACAGCUCUCGGCUGCCAGUUCUAUGAAGGCUACGGACAGACUGAGUGCACCGCGGGUUGCUGCCUGAGUUUGCCUGGAGACUGGACGGCAGGCCAUGUUGGUGCCCCCAUGCCUUGCAAUUAUAUAAAGCUUGUAGAUGUGGAAGACAUGAAUUACCUGGCUGCCAAGGGCGAGGGCGAGGUGUGUGUGAAAGGGGCGAAUGUAUUCAAAGGCUACUUGAAAGACCCAGCAAGAACAGCCGAAGCCCUGGAUAAAGACGGCUGGUUACACACGGGGGACAUUGGGAAAUGGCUGCCAAAUGGCACCUUGAAGAUUAUCGACAGGAAAAAGCACAUAUUUAAACUAGCCCAAGGAGAGUACAUAGCACCAGAGAAGAUUGAAAAUAUCUACCUGCGGAGCGAGGCCCUGGCACAGGUGUUUGUCCAUGGAGAGAGCUUGCAGGCCUUUCUCAUAGCAGUCGUGGUGCCCGAUGUUGAGAGCCUUCCUUCCUGGGCACAGAAGAGAGGCUUUCAAGGGUCCUUUGAAGAACUGUGCAGAAACAAGGAUAUCAAUAAAGCUAUCCUGGAAGACAUGGUGAAACUUGGGAAGGAGGCUGGUCUGAAGCCAUUUGAACAGGUCAAAGGCAUUGCUGUGCACCCUGAAUUAUUUUCUAUUGACAACGGCCUUCUGACUCCAACACUGAAGGCGAAGAGGCCAGAGCUCCGGAACUAUUUCAGGUCACAGAUAGAUGAACUGUACUCCACCAUCAAGAUCUAACGUGAGGAAGAAUACUUAGAAGAAUGGCGCACCUCCACAAUCCUCCUCGUACCAAUGGCCUUCGCGUUGGUAACUUUGCCUGCCGCAAGUGUGGGAAAGGAAAUGCCAUGCCGGACUUGUCCACGGGGUCUUACCAUAGGGAUAGUCGAGGGCACGGAACACUGCCUUACUUACAGUCACCUGUGUUGCAGCCCACGAUCCUGGGGACACACAAUUUCCAAAACGAGCCUUAAACAUUGUAAAGGGGAACCCAUAAAAGUGCUAAGUUAUUUAAGACUUCUUCAACCAACAAGGUGGGUGUUACAACUUCUGUCUCCUGUUUUCUAACCGAGGGGUUAGGACUUACUCUUUCCGACAUGUCUGCUGCUUGCUGCACAUCCUGCAGCUGUCUGCUGCUCUGAAGAGUGCAGAACACUGGAGGGAAGCUGUCCCUUUAAGAACCUUUAAGAACAACUGUCCAGGCUGAAGAAAGUCACAGUGGACCAGAGAUGUUUCUCUUUAGCCCCUCUUCUCCCUUUUCCUCACCACCUCACAUGCAGUACUCUCACAUGACCUUUCUGGUUUGUUCCAAACGGUCCCUGUUGUGUCUGCUGGAACACGAGGUCUUCAGUAAACUCAAGAACAGAUAGAUCCUCCUCAGAACAUGUGGGUGCCCGGUCUCAGAAAAAAAAAAAAAUGGUGG